AAACCAUACUUAACUCGAGUAUGAUGGCGGCUAGGCUAUAGAUCAGGUUGGACAGGAUUUCUUAAGGGCUUGUAUUGUAAUUCCGACCAUUCCCUCUUUUGGUGCUUUUUGUUUUGUUUGGGUUUUUUUUUGGUGCUUUCUGUUUCAAUGUCUAUCAGUGUUGCGGCAAAAGACGGACAAAGUUUGUGAUCAGCCAUGAACUGGUCGGGACUGGAGACCCUUCUUAGCGGGGUCAACAAAUACUCGACGGUGUUUGGUCGAGUGUGGCUGUCCAUGGUGUUUGUGUUUCGCGUUCUGGUGUUUGUUGUGGCGGCUCAACGCGUUUGGGGAGACGAGAGCAAAGACUUCGUGUGUAACACCAGGCAGCCCGGGUGCAACAACGUCUGCUACGACAGCACGUUCCCCAUCUCUCACAUCCGUCUGUGGGCCUUACAGCUCAUCUUCGUCACAUGUCCGUCACUGCUGGUCGUAGCCCACGUCAAAUACAGAGAGGAAAAAGACAAGAAAUACACUGCCGUCCACGAGGGCACGCAUUUAUACGCCAACCCCGGGAAAAAGCGUGGAGGUCUUUGGUGGACUUACCUGUUUAGCUUGAUCUUUAAAGUUGCAGUUGAUGCUUUCUUUCUCUAUAUUCUUCAUCACAUGUAUAAAGGCUACGAUCUCCCCCGCCUCACCAAGUGCUCGUUGGAUCCUUGUCCGAAUACGGUGGAUUGUUUCAUCUCCCGUCCCACGGAGAAGAAAAUCUUCACUUUCUUCAUGGUGGUUUCUUCUGCUCUCUGCAUCUUAAUGUGUAUCUGCGAAAUUGUUUAUCUCAUUGGAAAGCGUAUAUUGAAAUACUCUAUGAAGCCAGAAGCACAACGGCAACAACGUAAAAGACUCGACCCGACCCUCUCCAGCAGCCAAAACUUAAGUUCACACAAACUAAGAGACAGCAAAAUGGACACAACCGCUAUUUAAUGACAGCAGUAUGUCGCCAAACCUUUACAAUCUCAGUGAGUUCGGGAUACGGGAUAAAUAAACUCUCUGUCUCCAUCAUCCAAAAUGGUAGCAAACAAUGCAAAUAAAUAAAAAUCAUUUUAUCUAAGCAUGAUACUUGGUUAGUACAGUCCUCAUGUUAGUGUUAAACACAGUAAUGAAUUAUAUUUUUAUAAAAUAUAUUUCUUUAGUGCUGUCAAAUCGAUUAAUCGCGAUUAAUCACAUCCGAAAUAAAAGAUUGUUUACUUUAUAUAUGACCCUGGACCACAAAACCAGUCAUAAGGGUCCUUUUUUAAAAAAUGAGAUUUAUCUUUCAUCUGAAAAUUUAAUAAAUAAGCUUUCCAUUGAGGUGUGAUUUGUUAGGAUAAGACAAUAUUUGACUGAGAUGUUUGACUGAGAUGUUGUUCAAUAAUAUUGACCCAUACAAUGUAUUGUUGGCUACUGCUACAAAUAUACCCGUGCUACUUAAGACUGGUUUUGUGGUCCACGGUCACCAUAUGUGCGUGUGUGAUUAAUCGCGAUUAAGUCAUUUGACAUUUAUUGUCAUGUCUAAGAUGUGGCACCCAGGAUUUUCAGUAUAUCUUAUUCUAUAUUUUUAGAAUUUAAAUGCACUUUAAAAUGAACUUUAAAAGCAAAAGGUAUUUGAUAAUAGGGAAAAGAAUGUGGGUGAGGUGAGCUUGGCUCUAAAUACUUUGCAAUCAGUGUCAUCUGGCAUGCAAAUGUGGUAUCGACCUCAAAAUUUACAUGUUUCCAGCAGUGCAACAACAUGCACUUUAAAGUUUUGUUUCAUGAUAUAUUUUUGUAUUUGUAUUCAGUGUACACAGAAUAUCAAUUAAAAAAAACAUGAAGGUGUAAAUUUUUUGCCUUGGUUUCAUUGUGGAAUCAACAGAGGAUGUAAAUGUGAAAGGUUAUUGUUGUGUUAAAUGGACAGUUCACCUUAAAAUAAAAAAAUCUGUCAUUAUUUACUCACCCUCAUGUCUUUUGAAACUUGUAUAACUUCUGUUUUAACAUAAAAUAUUAGUAGCAGCUGCUCUUUGUCAUCCAGACAAGGUUUUAGAAGACUUGGAACAUAGUAGGAACCACUUUAUGAUCCUUUUCUUGUAGUUUGACAUUCCCACUUUCAUUUUAUGAAAAACAGCCCUGAUAUUUACCUGAACUCCUCAUUUUAUGAGCCACUGAAUAAGGAAAGUCAUUAAGUAAAUGUGACCCUGGACCACAAAACCACAUAAGGGUCAAAUUUUUUUAAACUGACAUUUAUACAUCAUCUAAAAGCUGAAUAAAUAAGAUAUAAGAUAUGACAAUAUUUGGCUGAGAUACAACUAUUUGAAUAUCUGUAAUCUGAGGGUGCAAAAAAAUCUAAAUACUGAGAAAAUCACCUUAAAGUUGUCCAAAGUUCU